AUGCCUCUGUCUCAGUCAAUACAAGCGUUACCAUCCGAUGUGAUUGCAAAGCUCAAGUCCUCCACGUCUAUUAUUAAUUUACCCGGUGUUAUCGUGGAAUUGAUCAAAAAUGCCUUGGAUGGCAAUGCACAUACCAUCUUUGUCACCGUCGACUUCCAGCGCGGUGGUUGUAUAGUUGAAGAUGAUGGUGAUGGAAUUCCCCCGAACGAGUUUGAACCUGCCGGGGGACUUGGCAAAGCUCAUCAUACAUCCAAAUACAAGCAGAAUGACUCGUAUGGCCAUCGUGGCUUGUUCUUGGCAUCUUUGGCCUCCUUGUCUCUCCUGACUCUGAUCUCCCAUCAUAUUGGAGACGAAUCUACGAACUCAAUAAUAUUCCAUCAUUCAAAACCAGUGGCGCGGCUGAUUCCUGCCCCCUCGCAUCAGGUCCUUCGAUCUGCCAGUCAUGGCACAUCCGUCACUGUGAAUGAUCUUUUUGGAAAUAUGCCAGUACGAGUCAAGAGCCGAGCACUGAGUCUUCAAAGGACGGGUGAGAUAGAACGGGAGUGGGAUAACUUGAGAUAUGCUCUUGUCUCUCUGCUUUUGGCAAAUCACCAAAUCUCAAGAUUGGUACUCCUUGAUGCAGAGAAGAGUAAACGCAUGUCCAUUCGACCUAGCAUCUCUUCUUCCUCCGCAAGUUUCUCGAUCGGUGAGAAUGCCUUCAGUCUGAGGCGCAUCGGAUCCAUUCUCAUCCAAUCCGGGCUCCUCACCCCUCGCAGCUGGGAGCAUUGGCACGAACUAUCGGCAUCUGUCCCUGAUCUCACAGUCCAAGCCGCAAUAUCACUACAGGCUAGCCCGACUCGGAAGAUGCAAUUUAUUACUCUGGGGAAAGAACCACUUUCAUCGCGCAAUGGUUCCAACAUCCUCUACAAUGAGAUCAAUCGGCUCUUUUCCCUGUCUGAUUUCGGCAACUUCGAUGUGCUUCCCGGUCACGCCUUUCCCGGUCCAACCCGCUUGGUGGAUCAAACCGAAGCCCGAAAUAACGGAACCACUAAAAGUUGGACAAAACCGAUCAACAAAUGGCCAAUGUUUUUCAUUCGCAUUGAAACGAACGCCGUUCUCGGGCUUGGUGACAACGAUGGACGAGAGCAUUUCCCCGAAUCAGAUAAGUCAAUUCAACGCAUAGUUGAUGUACUCAGUGCUAUGAUCCAUGAAUUCCUGAAGCAGCAUAGUAUGCGACCUCACAGUGGUAAACGGCAAAACCCGUCUUCAGAUCGAAGCCAGAGCAUACGUUCCAAAGAUUCAGUCUCACUGCAAAGCCCUGGAAUUGUUCCACAGCGAGGUUUCCCGGCUUCAAGUGCCAACGAGGCCUUCAGUGGUCACUUCAAAAUUCCAUCGUUUCCCAGGUCGCAAGCUAGUAUCAACCACGGCCAGGAGUUCAAAAACUGGUCCAGAAUAAAAGCAGCUACAGCACCAGAACGGCACUCGGCUAUUCAACAAUCCCGGCGCUCUGUCAUGGGUCCCGAUACUAAUAGGCUGCGGGGAGAGAGACCCUUGUCUAACCGGACCGAGCAUGGGCUCGAAGUCUCAGAUCAUCGCAUGGGGCUGGACUCUUCAUCGCAAGCAUUGGACUCAUUGGCAGUCGAUGAGGCACGAGAGACACCUGAAGAUCAUUCUGCAGAUGUUUCUUCAGAAAAAGCGAUCACUUGGAUCGACCCACACACUAGAUUGGUCUACCUCAUCAACCCUCGGACUGGUCAAACGAUGAACUCUAGGAAAUCAAUGGCCACACAAAGCUCUCACUUUUCCAGGACAGAAGAUCUCUCCCGAGGUCCAGAGCACGGUCUGUGGAUGCAGAGGCUGUUGGAAACGUGGGACAACCCUUCUUUCAGUCGAACAGAAGUUCCAAUACCGAAUUUGUCUAGCGAGGCUGUGACCCAAUAUACUUCGAGCGCUUCUCAUGGCUGUUUCAAAGGCAUUGGGUCUUUAGAUACGGCACAAGUCGCCAAAUUCCGGGGCAAGCUUCGACGUCGUGGCCUUGACAGGGCUGAGGUCAUUGCUCAGGUCGACAAAAAAUUCAUUUUAGCCAAGGUGCCAACGGCUUCCCCGGAAGGCUACGAAGGCGCGGAAUCGAACGAUGUGUUGCUUCUCAUUGACCAACAUGCCGCCGAUGAACGAUGCCGAAUCGAGCAACUAUUUGAAAAGAUGUUCUUGCCGUCUGAUGAAACUGAUGGAUCUAAUACUGGAGUUUCGACCGUUCAGGUCUUCUUGGAGUUCCAAGUUUCCGAGACCGAGGGUUAUCUUUUCAGCAGAUAUACGAACGUCUUCGCGCCCUGGGGUAUCCACUACGACGCAAAGGUGAAGCAUUCAUCCACUUGGGUCACUGUUCACGCCUUGCCUAUGCUUAUAGCUGAGCGAUGUCGGGUCGAACCACAAGUGUUGAUUGACUUGAUGAGGCGAGAAAUAUGGUCAACUGAAGAAGGGGGAAAGAGGCCUGCUCAGGUUAAGAAAGCUUUCGACCUAGGCGAGGAGGAUCAAGCAUUCGAAUUCCUAGACAUUGAAGAUGCAGCAUAUAAUUAUCCCACACUGCCAUCGGCUUCGCAUUCCUGGGUGCAGAAAAUGAAUGGAUGUCCUCAGGGCAUUGUCGACCUUCUAAACUCUCGCGCUUGUCGGACUGCCAUCAUGUUCAACGAUCCAUUGGAUAUUGGAGAUUGUAAGGCUUUACUUUCACGCCUCGCCCGCUGUGCAUUUCCAUUUCAGUGUGCUCAUGGACGCCCCUCGAUGAUCCCCAUUCUUGACUUACGGUCCGUUCCUGACACCGCUACUUCUCUACCAUUGGCAUUGGACAACUCCGAAUCUGCCGCUGAAGGCACAGAUUUGGAUUACAUGGAGGCAUUUCGAGCUAGGUAUAUCACAUAA